ACACACAUGAAAGACCAGCUCCUGGGAGCUUCUUCCACGCUCAAACAACCACACACACACACACACACACACCAGCCUCCUGUCUCUGCACUGAGGACACCCCGGGGUGUGUGUGAGAGAGACAGGGUCUGUCUAACUUUUUGUGCUGGAGCUUUAAUCCCCUUUCCUCCUCCUGUAAGGAACUUCACUUCGCCUCUCCUCCUCGUCUCACCGGGAAGAAAACAUGACAGACUCUUCGACCAACAUGCGGCUGAAGCUGCCGGUGGUCUGCUUCAUCCUGGAGAUCAUCCUCAUCAUCCUCUUCGGUGCAUUGGUAGAGUACGACCACGAGACGGAUGCAAAGCUGUGGCAUAACCAGACCCACUCUGACUAUGACAACGACUUCUACUACCGCUACCCAAGUUUCCAGGAUGUGCACGUGAUGAUCUUCAUCGGUUUCGGCUUCCUCAUGACGUUCCUGCAGCGGUACGGCUUCGGCAGCGUGGGCUUUAACUUCCUGAUCGCGGCCUUUGCUCUGCAGUGGGCGACGCUUAUGCAGGGCUUCUUCCACGGCAUGCAUCAUGGAAAGAUCCACAUCGGGGUGGAGAGUAUGAUCAACGCUGACUUCUGCACGGGUUCAGUGCUCAUCUCGUUCGGGGCUGUUUUGGGUAAAACCAGCCCGGUCCAGCUGCUGAUCAUGGCCAUGUUUGAGGUUACACUGUUUGCUGUCAACGAGUUCAUCCUGCUGACCCUUCUGGGGGCAAAAGACGCUGGAGGCUCCAUGACCAUCCACACAUUUGGAGCUUACUUUGGUCUCAUGGUGACCCGGGUCCUGUUCCGGCCGAACCUGGACAAGAGCCAGAAGAGAAACUCCUCGGUCUACCAUUCGGACAUGUUCGCUAUGAUCGGUACCCUCUACCUGUGGAUGUUCUGGCCCAGCUUCAACUCUGCCGUCACAGCUCACGGAGACGACCAGCAUCGCACAGCCAUGAACACCUACUACUCCCUGGCAGCCUGCACUCUGGCCACCUACGGCAUGUCCUCCCUCACGGCACACGACGGCAAGCUGGACAUGGUCCACAUCCAGAACGCAGCUCUGGCCGGAGGAGUCGCAGCAGGAACAGCCGGUGAAAUGAUGCUGACUCCCUUCGGCUCCAUGAUCGUCGGGUUCUUGGCGGGCGUCAUCUCUGUGCUGGGCUUCAAGUUCCUCUCUCCGAUACUAGAAAGCAAACUGAAGAUCCAGGACACGUGUGGGGUCCACAACCUGCACGGCAUGCCGGGCGUCCUCGGAGCAAUCGUGGGAGCAGUGACCGCUUCGGUGGCAACCAUGGACAUCUAUGGAGAGGGGAUGGGCGACGUGUUCCCUGAGAUCGUGAAAGGACGGACAGCAUCCACUCAGGCCGGCAUGCAGGCCCUCGGCCUCGCCGUCACCCUCGGCAUCGCCCUGCUCGGAGGAGCUAUCACCGGUUUCAUCCUGAAGCUGCCCAUCUGCGGAGCUCCUCCCGACACCAUCUGCUUCGAGGACAACAUCUACUGGGAGGUGCCUGGCGAAGAGGAGAGUCAUGAAGCCCAGCUGACUGAAGUGACACCAGCUGAAAAUCAGAAACUAAACGUUUAGACACACACACACUCUCACACACACUUUCACACACACUCUGCAGUGUUGACAUCCUAGCACUUGAGUAUUACACCCUGUAGGUUGUGAAAUAUUUGACGUCUUCCCCACAUCGAGCUCAUGUGAACUGCUAAAUGUCUGUUCAUUAUGAAACACACACACACACACACUUGUUAUUCUGCAAACCUCCUCGUUCUAUGUGUUGUUGGUCGCUCUGACCAGCAGAGGGCGACGUGGAGCUGUGCCACUCUGAGCUGCAGGCCUGUGAAAACGCUGCAACAGGAAUAAUGUGUCGAAUUGAUGAAAGAUGACGAGCAGUCGUCCACUAAACCAGGUCAAACCAAAGACAAACAGACUCGCUCAGAGACAGAAAUUCACCUUUAAGUUCAAACGGCCCAAAAGAGUCUCGGGAUGAAACUAUAUUUUAAAAAUAAGUUACAUUUUGAUAUUAAACCAAGUUUAUUUCUAGUUUUUAUUCAUGCAGAAGCAAAAUGCAUGCAUGUAUCUCCUCAUGUUUUUAAGGUUUGGGAUUCUCUGUGAUUUUAUUAGUUAGAAUAGAGACGUGCUUUUUAAAGUGAUUGUAUGUAUGGUGGACCUUUUUCAUUUUUUAAAUUGGCCUGAAUCAGUUUUUUGUGAGUUUAAAGUCACAUCAUGUUUUUAGUUUUUGGAGAAAAUAAAAUGUUGAGUUUUGUUGUGUCUCAGUUACUCCACAAAAUAAACUGUGUGUUGUUUUUAUCAUGAUGGGAUAUAAACAUGGAGUCAGUGAGCGUCUUGUGAAGAUGUUGGAGUCACACAGCUGAUUGUGAAAUUAAAUCUCACCUCGUCACGAUGAA